AUGUCUAAUUCAGGUUUAGAUAUUGCAUUUGAGGCCUAUCACCGAGAACGCCGUCGUCUAAACCAGAAACGAUACAGAAAGAAGCAACGGAAGCUAGCUGAGCAACUAGAAAUCGACAACCAGCAGCUACGGAACGAGAUCGAGCGACUUCACAACCAGCGCAACGGUCUCUCUUGCGGCAUCUCGACGAAAGAGACGCUGUGGUCUGUCGCCGUGGAAUACUUUCGCGUCUUCCGUCGGGGGCUACACGUACCGACAACACGGCUUUCUCCGGGGGAUCGAAUCGUUGAGCUCGAAUUCCUGCGAGCAACAAUGUCCCAAGACUUGGAUGCUGGCAAUGUGCGCGGCUUUGAGCUGCUGACCAGGAACUGGAAAGUCUUCACCCAGUACUUCAAGGACGUCCACGUCCAGCUCAGACGACUCGAGCAGACCUCGGAUAGGUCGCUCAUAGCAACGACCACCACGAGCAUCACGAUCACCAGUCACUCGCUGCGCUACAUGUUGCCAAACUUGGCUGUCGCCGACAUGAUAGCCCCACUACUCGAGUGCCUGGGAAGCUUGGAGGAUGUGUCGCUUGUGUUCCAGAACGCGCUCAUCCAGCCAGACUGCAACCUCGUGAUCGGAGAGCACCUGUCCCAGCAGUGUACUAGCCUCGAGUGGUGGACUACUAGGACACAACUCCAUCCUACUACAUAG